ACUACUGUAUGCACGAGAACGCGCGAACAAGUUGACAUCACACAGCAUGUCAGAGGAGGCGGCGGUGAUCUACUUCAAAUGCUCUGAGACGCGAGUACCUCCGGUCAUCCGGAGGGUCCUGCUGCGGAAGGGAUGGGUCGAGUGGGACAAAGACAAGGACCCUGAAGAGCUGUGGUCGCUCCACUGGAAGAGUGGGAGGUUCAAGCUCAGCGACUGGGACAGGUGCCUCUCCCACCAACGGAUCAACCACUGCCCCAAGAGCAGCAACAUCACAAAGAAGGACAACCUGCACCGGAACAUCAAACGGCUGGCAGGCUCCUACGGCCCGAUCUUCAACUUCGUCCCCACCACGUUCGUGCUGCCCAACGAGUACGUCGCCUUCAUGCGCGAGUACGCUGAGAGGGAGGAGGAGAAGCCUCUCUGGAUCUGCAAGCCGUCCGACUCGAGCCGAGGACGAGGAAUCUUCUUGAUCUCCGACAUGUCUCAGCUGGUGUACGACCAGCAGUACGUGGUGCAGGAGUACAUCGCCAACCCUCUGCUGGUGGGAGGGUUCAAGUUCGACCUCCGUCUCUACGUCCUCGUCACCUCGUUCCAUCCGAUCCGCUGCUACCUGUACAGGGAGGGUCUAGUGAGGUUCGCCACGGAGAAGUACUCCAAGGACUCUUCCUCCAUCGCUAACCUGUUCGCUCACCUCACCAACUCCUCGAUCAACAAGUUCUCCCCCUCCCUCGACGAGCACAAAGACACAGUGGGUUCGGGGUGCAAGUGGACGCUGACGAGGCUCAGGAAGUACCUGAGCAGUGCAGGGGUGGACGACUCGCUCCUCUUCGAGAGGAUCAAGCACAUCAUCAUCCUCACCACCCUCGCCCUCUGGCCCAAGAUCCCCCGGCAGACCUCCGGGUUUGAGCUCUUCGGGUUCGACGUGAUGGUGGACAGCGAGCUGAAGCCCUGGCUGAUCGAGGUCAACUCCUCUCCUGCCCUCGCCACCGACACGGAGCUCGAC